CGCGCCCGCCGCGCCCGCCGCGCCGCUCCAGCAUGCACGGAGGAUGCUCGCGUCUUGCUCAGGCAGGAAGGGGCCGGAGGGCAGGUACCCGCUGCACUACCUCGUCUGGCACAACCGCGCCCGCGACUUGGACCGGGAGCUCAGCGCCAAGCAGGCUGACAUUGAGCAGCUGGACCCCCGAGGACGCACCCCGCUGCACCUGGCCACCACGCUGGGCCACCUCGAGUGCGCCAGGGUGCUGCUGAAGCAUGGCGCCGAUGUGGGCAAGGAGAACCGCAGCGGCUGGACAGUCCUGCAGGAGGCUGUGAGCACCCGCGACCUGGAGCUGGUGCAGCUGGUCCUGCGCUACCGCGACUACCAGAGAGCCAUCAAGCGCCUGGCUGGGAUCCCCAUCCUGCUGGAGAAGCUGCGCAAGGCCCAGGACUUCUACGUGGAGAUGAAGUGGGAGUUCACCAGCUGGGUGCCGCUGGUGUCCAAGAUCUGCCCCAGCGACACCUACAAGGUGUGGAAGAGCGGCCAGAACCUGCGGGUGGACACGACGCUGCUGGGCUUCGACCAUAUGACCUGGCAGCGGGGCAACCGCAGCUUCGUCUUUCGGGGACAAGACACCAGCGCGGUGGUGAUGGAGAUCGACCACGACCGGCGAGUGGUCUACUCGGAGACGCUGGCCCUGGCCGGCCACGACCAGGAGGUGCUGCUGGCUGCUGUGCAGCCCACCGAGGAGCAGGUGAUGGGGCGGCUGACGGCCCCCGUUGUCACCACCCAGCUCGACACCAAGAACAUCGCCUUUGAGAGGAACAAGUCCGGGAUCCUGGGCUGGAGGAGCGAGAAGACGGAAAUGGUGAAUGGGUACGAGGCCAAGGUCUAUGGCGCGUCCAACGUGGAGCUGAUCACGCGGACGCGGACCGAGCACCUCUCGGACCAGCACAAGGGCAAGAGCAAAGGCAGUAAGACCCCCCUGCAGUCCUUCCUGGGCAUCGCCGAGCAGCACGUGGGGCCCAACAAUGGGACACUGAUCACGCAGACGCUGAGCCACGCCAACCCCACCGCCAUCACCCCCGAGGAGUACUUCAACCCCAACUUCGAGCUGGGCAACCGGGACAUGGGGCGGCCCAUGGAGCUCACCACCAAGACACAGAAGUUCAAGGCAAAACUGUGGCUGUGCGAGGACCACCCGCUGUCCCUCUGUGAGCAGGUUGCCCCCAUCAUUGACCUCAUGGCAAUAAGCAACGCACUCUUCGCCAAACUGCGGGACUUCAUCACCCUGCGCCUCCCGCCCGGCUUCCCCGUCAAGAUUGAAAUCCCCAUCUUCCACAUCCUCAAUGCCCGCAUCACCUUCGGGAACCUCAACGGGUGCGACGAGCCCGUCAGCUCCCUGCGGCACAGCCCCAGCAGCGAGGCACCCUCGCCCAGCAGCGACUCCUCCAGCGUCAGCAGCUCCAGCUCCCUGACCUCGUGUCGGGCGUGUGAGAUGGACCCGGCGCUGUUUGAGGUGCCACGGGGGUACAGCGUGGUGGGCACCCACCAAGACACCCUGCGGGAGGAUGAGGAUGACCUGCUGCAGUUCGCCAUCCAGCAGAGCCUGCUGGAAGCAGGCAGCGAGUAUGACCAGGUGACCAUUUGGGAAGCGCUGACCAACAGCAAGCCGGGCACCCACCCCAUGUCGCACGAGGGCCGCCGAGGAGACAGGACUCCCCAGCACACAGCAGCUCCCCGUCCCCCUGUCACCCCGGCCCCAGGGGGGGGCGGCGGGGGGCCCAGCGCCCUGUUCCCCAGCUACGCGGAGCAGCUGCGGCUGGCCAUGGCGCUGUCAGCGCGGGAGCAGGAGGAAGCCGAGCGCCGGACACGCCAGGAGGAAGAGGAGCUGCAGCGGAUCCUGCAGCUCUCACUGACGGAGAAGUGACCCUGAGCCCCCGCUGAGCCCCCCACCCCACCCCACCAGGCACGGGGACGCAGCCGGAGCCGUGUAUGGGGGCACGGAGGGGGAGCUGGGUGGGGGGAGCCAGCCCAAGCACUGCA